AUGAACGAGCCGAAAGACCAAUGGCCCUCAAUUCCCUACAAUUGCUUCAUCGUACGUCCUACCCGCAUGGCCCUUCCACAACAGCCGCUUGAGAUGUUUUAUCCAGAAGAAGCCAUGCGGCAGAUUCAUCGGGAUAGUCUCGUCUGUUGCGGCUUUCAACGACCAGGACACUUUUCUGAUCCUUGCUUCAGCCAUUGCGAGCCGAUCCCUGUCAUUCGCUGGCUGGGAGAUAGUCAAAAAUCGUAUGCUUCCGGCCUAUUAAGUUCAGCCUCCAAGCCCCAUGCCUUUGAGGCUAAAGUGGCCCCUACCUGCCAUUUCAGUUCUUUGUGGCUUGACAGCAAUGAAGUUCUUGCAACGAGCCCAGGUUCUCUUGGGCCUACCAACGCCGCACCUCUUCAUUCCUCCCAAGCACCUCCGGGCUGGAGCACCCAGAAAUCGGCACAAAAAUCACCCCAGCGGCAGUUUAAAUGCACGUACCCGGGAUGUGAUGGCCAAUUCAGGCGCCGCAAGGCCCUCGAGCGACACCUGACAUGCCACUCAGAUGAAAGGCCGUACGUCUGCUGGGUGCCAGAAUGUCAUCGCCGCUUCAAACGCUCGGACAACCUGAAGGCACAUUACAUGACCCAUGCCAAAAUUGGGGGCCGUAAUCGCUACGUGGCAACCUUGGACAAUACGAGUUCUGUCUACAGCCCGGAGUUUCACGGCCAAUUGACAUUGGAGGGGUGGCCAACUCAUGAAUAG